AUGUUGCUCCCGUGGUCAGUGAAACGCCUAGGGGUACUUCUCGUGAGCGACAACAGGUCGUCCGAAAAAGUCAGGUCUACUGAUGAAAAGAAAGUUUCGCCAUCAGUUCGUGGUUUGACGCGGCCAAAAAAGAAGGAGUCGGUACUCAUUGCUCUAGAAAAACCAGUUCCGACUAUAACCAAAAAGAAAUUGAAGCAUAGCAACGAUACUGCCAACAAGACGACAGACUUAGCCGAAAUGAACUCGCUGAAGGAGUUCUCGAAAAUGUGGAAUGGUCUUGUUUCUAUGCUGGGAAAGAGGCUCAAGAAAUGUUCUACAAAGGAGAAGAAAGAUAUUCUACGAUUGAGAGAAGCUGUAUGUUGCUUUUGCAAAGAUCGAAGUGAAAAGAAUCUCUCCGCGCUGGUGCAGAUGACGUCAUGGUUGUAUUUUUACUACAUUCCUCCAUCGAAUACAGAAGAGACGGUCAACUAUAAGGAGAUGCUCAAAAACGGACUGUUCAAGCAAAUCUCCACUACAAGCCGUAGAUCUCAGAGACUAAUGGAAACAUUCCGUAAUUUCGCUGAUGAUUUUAAGCAUUUUGAAAAAGAGUGCUCAACAUGA